AUGAAGAACAAGCAGCAGGAGCUCUUCCUCGAAGAUCCAAUGCACAGGCUCCUGGAGGUCGAAGUGAACGGAGAGCACACUUUCGUCCUGGCACAAGAUCCUCUGGUCAAUAGAUGUGGACGCCUCGCCAAGAUCAUCCGAGGAACAACGAUUCUCACAGCUUGUCGCGUCAAUGCCUUGCGUGUUGCCUUUCACGAUCUUCCAGGAGGCCCGCAGGCUUUCGAGCUCGCAGCUCGGUUUUGCUACUGGCACUCGAGCGGAUCUCCACGCGGUGGAGGCUUCCACAUCACGGCUGCCAACGUCUCUCUCCUCCGCUGCAUCGCCGAGUACAUGGAAAUGACAGAGGAGUUUAGUCCCAGGAAUCUGAUCAAAGAAACCGAGAACUUCUUACAGAAUUUGGUGUUCUGGAGCUGGAACGAGGUGCUGCUCAUCCUCCGGAGCUGCGAGCCCGUGCUGCCUUACGCGGAGAAGACGCACAUCGUCCACAGGUGCGUCGAGUCCCUGGCCUGGAAAGCCUCCACCAUCAGCUCCACUUGCCAGAGUCCGACGAGCUCCACCUCUCCGGAUUCAUCUUCAAACCAGAGCAGCAGCGCCAACAACAAACGCCUCUCGAGAACUUGGUGGUUCGACGACGUCUGCUCGCUCUCCAUGUAUCUCAUGGAGAGAAUUGUCAAGGCGAUGAUCUCCAACAACAUGGACAACCGGAUCCUGGCCAGGUUCUUGGUUCACUACGUCCAGACCGCGCUCCCAACGCUCGGCUACCAUUCCCACCACCAGAGGUCGACCGCUUCCACCACCAGGGACGAGCACAUCCUCCAAAAGUACACGCAAAAGGUCCAGCGUGAGCUUCUGGAGACGGUCAUCGCACUGCUGGGACACUUAGAUCACGGCUCGGCUCCCUGCUCUUCUCUGUUUGGAUUGCUACGAGUUACUUCGGCUCUCAACUCGGGACGUUCGUGCCGGAAGCAGCUGGAGAAGAUGAUCGGCCACCAGCUGGACAAAGCUUCCCUGGACGACAUCGUCAUUCCACUGCGGCCGACUGGAAGUGGCUCUCUCUACGACGUUGAUCUCGUCCUGAGGCUGAUUGACAGGUUCCUGAGCGAUCAAGACAUCUUCUCGGAGAUGACUUUCCCAACUCCAAUCAACGGUCCCAUCAUGGCUUCUCAGCCACCGUCAGGAACGUCCUUCCGUAGGGCCCUGACAAAGUUCGAGCACUCGCUGACAAAAGUUGCGGAUCUGAUUGAUAAAUACCUGGUGGAGAUCGCAGCGGAUCCACAGCUUAAGCCUUUCAAGUUCAAGUCAGUGGCCAAAGCACUGCCGGACUCGGCCAGGCUCAUGCACGACGGGCUCUACCGAGCUUUGGAUUUGUAUCUGCAGGUAAGUGUUCUUCUUUCCUCAGUCUCGGAGUCCGAAACCAUGGAACUUUGCAAGGUGGUGAAUUACCAGAAGCUGUCGUUCGAGGGAUGCAAGCAUGCUGCGCAAAACCCACGGUUCCCAGCACGACUGGCACUCCAGAUUCUUCUUCUCCAGCAAGCCAAGCUCAGAGACACCAUCGAUCACUGCUUCUUCAAGGAAGGACUGAGAGUGAGUGACAGCUCGAGAUACAAAGAAGCACCAGUACCUGCGGUGAAUCAUCCUUCCGCCGCUCCUAGCGCUGUCGAUCAGCCAUCGCCCGAGUUUGGACUGAUCAUCCGCCAAAACGAAGAGCUCAAGUCGGAUAUCAACAAGAUGCAGGCCAAGGUGUCGGAGCUGGAGAAGCUUUGCAAGAGGAUGAGGUCGGACAUGUCUUCCAGGAGAACUAGGCGGCUUCUCUGUUGAUCGCAAAGAAUUUUUCUUCUUUUGUAUUCCUUCGAAGUUCCUGCUCAAAAGAAACUCA